AUGCCUACCAAGACUGAUAUUACGCUCUACACGGCACAGACGCCCAACGGCAUCAAGGCCUCUAUCCUGCUCGCCGAGCUGGGGCUGGACUACAAGCUUCACCCCAUCAAGAUGAUGGACAACGAGCAAAAGGAGCCGUGGUUCCUCGAAAUAAACCCCAACGGCCGCAUCCCCGCCUUGACGGACAAGCUGCCCGACGGCCGACAGAUUCGCGUUUUUGAGAGCGGUGCCAUGCUCGAGUACCUCGUCGACCGCUACGACAAGGGCCAUAAGCUUUCUUACCCCCGGGACACUCCUGAGCACUGGGAGGUGACGAGCUGGUUGAUGUGGCAAAUGUCAGGCCUCGGGGCGAUGCAGGGGCAAGCGAACCACUUCAAGAGAUACGCGCCGGAGAAGAUCCAGUAUGGCAUCGACCGCUACGGCAAUGAGACUCGCCGCCUAUACCGGACAAUGGAAACACACCUAGAAAAGUCGCAAUCAGGCUAUCUCGUCGGCGAUCGCGUCACAAUUGCCGACAUUGCCUGUUGGGGGUGGAUUGCCUCUCAUACUUGGGCGGGCAUCAGCCUCAAAGAGUUCCCCCACAUCGAAAAGUGGCUGCUCAAGCUCCUCGAGCGGCCCGGCUUCGAGAAGGGCCGCCACGUCCCCUCGCAGCACACGGCCUUUGACAACGACAAGUUAAGUGAGGAGGAGCUCGACAAGAAGGCCGAGUCGGCGCGCAACUGGGUGCAGGCAGGCAUGAAAGCCGACGCAAAGAACUGA